CCCAUUUGGGCGUGGCACCCGCCCAUAUAUUGGCUGGACUCGAACCAUUCUGACUUAUCACGGAGGGUAAUGGCGGUUAUAGAAUAAAAACAGAUUGGAAUAGUUUUACGUUAUACUUGUUUUUAUUCCAAGAUCGCCAUUAGCCCUCCGAAUACGAAACCAUGCGCCUUGAGGCGCGCCGUUGUCUUGUAUGCUCAUUAAUCUUCAGCUGCGAUGAAGGAAGGCUGUAAGGCCGUGUGAAGAUAAAUACCUACCAGAAAUAGCUUGUGUGUAUCGGGCAAGUACACAUGGCCCCGUCCAGGAACGUCGUCCCCAACAGGUGGCUUGACUACGCAGACCACGGCAGCCACAUUCCUGGGACGCGAUUCGUACCGUUCAAGGUGCCGCUUCGCGAAGCAAUAUGCUCGAGCCUUCCAAGUAACAGGCGGUUCACGCCGGAACGCUUGCUUCAGCAGAUAGUGCUUUCUUUCUCUAUGGAUACAGGGCCUAGGCAUCGUCAUCGAUCUGACGAACACGGACCGCUACUACGAUCACAACUGCGUGGUCUCCCAUGGCGUCGCCCACGCCAAGAUCAGGUGCCCCAGUGCUUGUGUACCCAACGAGCGAGUCGUGAAGUCGUUCUUCGCAGCCGUCGGCGAAUUCAUGCGAAGCCAGACAACGAUGACAAGCUCGUAGGGGUUCAUCGCACGCACGGCGUCAACAGGACCGGAUACGUGGUGUGCAGGUACAUGGUAGACAAGCUUGGCAUAGCACCCGCAACGGCCAUUGAAGGUUUCCAGAAGGCCCGGCGACACAAUUUCGACAAGCAAGAGUACGUCAGCAACCUACGAGCGAGAAGACUGCAAUCGCCGAAGUAGCGCGCGAACAACCAGUUGUGCCAACGGAUCGCAGUGUCAGCGAUGUUUUUCAGAAACUGGCUGUUUAAAUUGCUUCCUGUUGCUAAACGCUUUGGAGCUGAAAAAAAUAAAAAUAAAAGAAGGGAUGUUUCCUUUCAGCAUGUCCAUAAAUUCGCCCAGCUGCCUUAAACCUCG